GUAUAAAGGGAGAGGGUUAUGGGGAUCGGGAGAGGGAUGUUUGGGGCAUGGUUGGAAAGCAGAGGAAGUUUUGGUCGAGGGAGAAGGAGCAGAACUUGGGGUGGUGUUGAGGUGCUUUGGAGAGGAGAGAGGUGGGAAAGGGUGCAGGGUUAUGAGGGGAUAGGGCUGGAGGGAAGCUUUGAGGAGGGACCAGGAGAAUCCUGGAGGCCCAAAUUAAGAGUAAUGUGGGGUAUAGGGAUUUGGAGAGAGGAGUUGAGGUGGGACAGGGAGCUUCAGGUGAAGGGGAGAUGUGACACAGUGGUCGUGGAUGGGGCUGGAAGAGGCAGGGCUGGAGCAAAGGAGCGAGGGAUGUUUCUACAUGGAGCAGGGUUUGCUGGGGAUGAGGCCUUGAGGAUGGGAGGAUGUAGGAUGGUGGCUGACGAGGAUGAAAGGGGAGGUUUGGGUGAGCACAGAGGAUGUAAGCAGGAAGGCAGUGGGAUGGGUUAGUGGUGGGUUAGGGGGUGGUUGACAGAGCUAAAAAGUUGGAAAUGAAGGACUUGCAGCUGGCGUCAGGGCAUGAACUGGUGGCAACUGAUUGUCAUGUCUUCAAACAUUUCCCUCUGAUUUGCUGUUCACUGGGCCAAAGUGAGAGAUGGCUACGGAAGCCAAGUACAGCAUUAUUCGGGAAGUGGGCCGAGGGAACUAUGGGGUGGUUUAUGAGGCAAUUGUUAACAAAACCAGAAGCAAAGUAGCUGUGAAAAGGAUGCAGUGUAACGUGCCUGAAAACGCAGAGCUGGCUUUGCAAGAGUUCUGGGCCCUGCAAAGCAUCCAGAGGCAACAUGAAAACGUGAUCCAGUUGGAGGAGUGUAUCCUGCAGAACGGCCAAGUCUUUCAGCCCAUUAGUCACCAUUACAGGAAGUCAGACAGCCACUUGCUGCUGAUUGAGACCUGCCUGAAAGGGCGGAGGUGCAUGGACCCCAAAUCAGCCUGCUUUCUGUGGUUUGUGAUGGAGUUCUGUGACGGUGGGAACAUGAACGAGUACCUGCUGUCCCGCAGCCCAGAUGCCCAGCUGAAUAACAGCUUCAUGCAGCAGCUCAGCAGCGCUGUGGCUUUCCUGCACAGGAACCAGAUUGUGCAUAGAGACCUGAAAACAGACAAUAUUUUGAUCUCUCAUGAACGUGGAAAUCCCAUAGUAAAGGUGGCAGAUUUUGGCCUCAGCAAGGUGUGUCGGGGGAAAGGGAACGUGAACCAGCACCGCUUCUCCUCUGCGUGUGGGUCAAACUUCUACAUGGCUCCAGAAGUGUGGGAGGGACACUACACAGCCAAGGCUGAUGUGUUUGCCCUUGGGAUCAUUUUCUGGGCUAUGGUGGAGAGGAUCACCUUCCGAGAUGGAGAUACUGAGAAGGAAUUGCUUGGAACUUACAUCUGCCAAGGCAAGGAGCUUAUUCCUCUUGGGGAGGCGUUGCUGGAGAAUCCCAACCUGAAGUUACAAAUUCCUCUGAAGAACAAGAAGUCCAUGCCGGAUGAUCUCUGCAAGCUCCUGCACGACAUGCUAGCUUUUAACCCAAAGAAGAGAUUGGAUGCCUUCCAGCUGGAAGUCCGAAUCAGGCAAAUCUCCUACGGCAAGAAGUGCCAACGCUCCCUCUCAUAGAGACAAAGGGCAUGCAGGUGUUGAGUCCCACUGUGCUCUGGAGGCCUUGGAGACGGUGAACGACUGAUUUCCUUCGGAAUGAGCAGAUCCAUCGUGAAAGAUGGACACGGAAACCUUGCUGGCUUCCAGUUUCCCCAAACGGUUUUAUUUAAAGGGACAGUAACUUUAUUUAUUUGUACAGUAAUUUUAAGAGAAUUACACAAACGUUAUUUCUAUGCAAACUUUCCUUUUUCUUUUCUUUUUUUUUUUAAACAUGUGUUCUUUAACGCAGCAAGUAGCGUAGGUGAAACCCUGGCUGGGAUGACCAUAACUGUUUGGCUCCACGUGGCACAGGAGUUUCAGAAGUGGUUUUCUUUAAGAAAACCCUCGUGCAUCUUUCUGUUCCCACUCUGUGCCUGCCCUGUUGGAGGAUCCCAGAGAAAUGGGCACAAACAGUCUCAUGACUGGCACCUCUGCCCCCGCUGCGUGUUGACUAGCUCUCAGCCCUGGCUGAUAAGGCUGCGUUGCUCAUCCUUGGCACGGAAGACAGGAGUUGUCUUUGCAAGGUUGAAUUGGAGUUUUCUGUGUGAUUCCUCACUUUGUGUUGCUGGGCCACGUAACUGAGCGCUGUCUGUGGGAUGAGCUGGCACAGCGUUUGGUGGCUGUUCCGAAAAGUUUGGACAGAAACAAAAAUGUAUUUUCCCCGCAGUAGCUUUUGAAUAUUCUUGCUUAGACGAACUAAAAUGCUUUCUUAAAAUAAAUACAAAGAAUGUUAAAGAUGCCAACUCUUGAUUAGAACGUAUGCGUCACUAACACUUAAAGUAGUUUAAGGAAUCAUGCUUCCUGCUGUGUUAGCUGCUUGUGCCAGCUGUUCUUACAAGAGAAAUGAAAAGGACUGAACUGGAAUCUUGGCAGGUAAAUGGGGACUCUGAUUUGCACCCUGUUUGAAAAAUAUUUUUAUGGGUCUGCAAACUGCUGCUGAGCUUUUCUUUCCUUAAGAAGCUGGGAGCUCCCCAGAGCUUCCUCCUGCGCUCCUCUGUUGUGCAGAGCUGAAAUGGUGUCCUUCAGGGACAGCUUCCCCUCAUAGGAAAGGAAGAAAUUGCCAAAAGAAAGGUAGCUUGGCGGGCCCCUUUGCCACGCAGCAGACCUUGGCUAACUGUGUGUUUCUCCUUCCUGUAAGAUUGUGAUUGCAGGUGAGAGGGCUGCUUGUAAGUGGUGUCACAAGCCUGUUUCCCGGAGAGGAUCUUUCCUCCUGCUGUCCUGCUCAAACAAGCAGCAGUUGACCUGUAACAGAUACCUAAGGGAUUACUCCACGGUGUUCCCUGAGAACAGCUGUUGGGAGAACGUAAGAAAAAAAAGAAGUCAAACCAUUCAACUCAGCCUGACUUCUGGACUUAAGAGAAUCCCUAACGCGGUGGUGCUGCUGGGUGAGGGGUGUGCAGCAAGGAAAGACCAGGUGCUCUGAAGCUUGUUUGGCUCUUGAGGCCUCUGCUGGAGGUUGGAAGGGAUGUGCAGGUUGGGGGUCUGUGUCUCUUGCCCGAGAGCUUUCAACACGUGGAAAAAAAUGUGGGGUGUGAGAACGGUUGUUGACUCCCUGUUUUGCCAUGCUAGGCUAUCAUCCUCCCAGCUGCUGAUGGUUUUUUUUUUAGCUCUCUGUACCUCACCGGAGUCUCUGUACUUGAUAAAUUAAUAAAAUGCUGUGGGUUUUGUA